AUGCGCUGCGUAAUAGCUAACAAAGUUAUUAAUAACGUGCACAAACCACCAUUAUUUCAUAAAGUUAUUAUAGAAUCACUUCCAAUUGGGGUUCCAUUGAGAAGUAUAGAAAGUGCAACAGUAGCUAAUAAUGCGUUUGCUUCUUUAACUGGAUGUCUGUCAUCAAAUGAUACUACUUUAUGUUUACAAAGCCUACCUUCUGAUGUAAUAUUACAAGCACAAAGUUUGGCUGAGGGUGCUGAUUUAUUAUUAGAAGCGGAUAAACUGACAGCCGGUCAGCCAUGGGAACCCACGUUAAACUUAAUCGCAUUUCCACUGAUUUAUAAUCACGCAAAUUUUUUUGCGCAAAAUAGUAGUAGAAUCAAAAUACCAAUUUUAUUGGGUACAGUUUAUGAUGAAGGCACAUUGUUUAUUUAUGAGACGCAAACGUCAACAAUUAAUUAUACUGAUUUACAAGGAUAUAUUGGCGGUUUAUGGAACAAAGAAAAUAUAAUUCCAAUCAAUCAAGCAUAUAAUAUUAAUUUUACAUUAGGCGCUGAUUAUCAUGAUGUAUUAAGCCAAAUCCUAGGUGAUAACGUAUUUACUUGUGCAGCACGCUACGUUCUUCAGUCAUUAAGUUUAUAUAAUUCAAAUUUAUAUUUGUAUGUGUAUAAUUAUUUACCGAACAUCAAUACAACAGUAGCAGCAUAUGGUAAUUCAAGUGCUGUACCAGAAUGUUAUACAAAAGUUUGUCAUGAAUCAGAACUGCCUCUAGUAUUUAAUUCUGAUUUUGUUUUACCGUAUAAAUUAACUUUGGAAGAACAACAUCUAAGUCAAUUAAUUGGAAAAGCUUUUACAAAUUUUGCUAAAACUGGUAAUCCAAAUUGUCCAUUAUCGGUGGGAGAUGAAAAAUGGCCCCGAUUCAAGAAUACUACAGGACAAAAUAUUCUUUUAACAUUGCCAAAAUCAUUUAUAGAAUCAAAUCAUCGAGGUGCGAUAUGUGAUUUUUGUAAUACAUUAGGGUAUGAUUUUUAA